UCGUCUGCGUGCUGUGUGUUUGUGUUUAGCAGCAGCAGCAGCAGCCGGUUCAAAGCUGGUUUAGUAAGAAGUGUCUGCUCUCUUGUCAUCUUUUAUAUGUGUAAGAUGAGUCCUGUGUGUGACUGCUGCGGCGAGAACAUCAGUAAACUGAACCAGCAGGUUUCUGUGAUGAGAAAAGAAAUUAAGAACCUGAGGCAGAUGUUGGACAGUGCAGUUCGAGCUCAUCGUAAACAUAUGAUAUCCAUUCAGUCUGCUGUGUCAAAGAUUGGUCUCUGUGAGGCCGACAAAGACCAGACACCACCACCACCACCACCUUCACCAUCAGCAUCACCACAGGCUGCAUUAGAGCAAGGAAACAUCCAGACAGUCCCCAUUGGUUACAUCAGUUCCUGUUUCUCAGUGAAGAAUGGGACACCCAGGCAGCCCACCAUUUGUGGCCCCUCGAGAGCAGAACUGCGCAUCCAGCAGAGCGUCUUCAAUAACCCGGAGCAUGCUCUGGUGGGCCUGGAGCAAUACUCUCAUGUCUGGAUCAUCUUUCUCUUUCACAAAAAUGGGCACCUGAGUUACAAAGCCAAAGUGAAGCCUCCUAGACUGAAUGGUCAGAGAGUUGGUGUGUACUCCACACGCAGUCCUCAUCGGCCAAACGCCUUGGGUCUAACUCUGGCUAAACUUGAUAAAAUUGUAGGUGACACAAUACAUCUGUCAGACAUUGACAUGAUUGCAGGCACCCCAGUCCUGGACAUUAAACCCUACAUCCCAGAGUAUGACUCCCCCCAGACCAGGAUUUGCAUGGACAUAGAGCCUUAUGAACUAAACAUGCACCAACCAAAUGCAACAGCUGUGGAGAAGUCAAAUAUCUUAAACAACCAUAAAGACUCAGAAACUGACCUAAAAGGUGAAAGAAAUGAUGAUGAUGAUGACUUGGAGAGUCAAUUCUCAAAAGACAAAUCUGGAACUGAUACACCUUUAAGAGAUUCAUCUAGAGUCAGUGCUCAGUUUUCCCUGCCCAAGGAUCUGCAUGAUGUGCUAGAGGAGGUCAAGGCCUAUGUCACCCAAGGUAACUUUUGUGAAAGUGACAAACAAGUUUCAGAUUCUCCGAAAAACAAACCUCCAGAGUCGACAGUGGACCGUCCCCGUUAUGGAGAAGAGGCCUAUAGUACCAUUGCUGGCUGGAUCAAAGAGCCUCCUGUUGCCAGUUUGGAGGUACGCUUCACUCCUCAUGCUGAGAGGGAGCUUGCAGAAUUCCUUCCGUCACAUCUGUCAGGACCUUCUGAAAGUGUCAAACCCAGGUUCAAGUUUUUGCGUAGUGCAGAGGAGGCUGCUGCUGCCAUCAGAGGGGUUCUGUCAGCAGACCCACGGUCAGUGUACAGGAGGGCACGCUGCAGGGACAGGCUCUUCUUCUUCACCCUGGACACGGCUGACAUCACCUGCUGGUUUGGACAGGGUUUUGCUGAGGUACUGCAGGUUCGACCUGUUGAGUGCCAGAUUGCUGCCAUGUAAGAAACCCUUUGAGCAAAAAUGUUAGGCUGGAUAGUGUCACUUUUAAUGUGCACAGAUAAACAACUCAACUUUUUCAAGUAAUUUCUCUCCUGACAAAUGUGUAUUUCAGUUUUAAGAUUGAUCAUUUAGAAUUUCUUAAAAUCAUGAAAGAUGAAAGACAAAGUAUAUCAAAUUUUGUAUGGUGAAUUAGAUAAAAGAGAACAGUAUCACUGUAGUUUUUAAACCAUGUUCAGCAGCUGUGUUUAAACGUUUCUUUUAUGUGUUAUUUGCUAUUUCGUAUCUUUUUCUUUAUUCGAAGGAAGUAACUGGCCCCCUGCCCAUAAUGAAAAAUAAACUAAUUAUGAAUGA